UUUAGAAAAGUCAUGGUUACAAUGACACCAGUUUCCUACAUCAAGCGACGAAUAUUGGAGAGAAGGAAGUUGACAGUACAUGUUGGAGAUUGAGGACGACUCAAGACGAUCCUGCUAAUGACGAUGUUGUCCUUUGAUUUGCUCGUUGUCGUUCAAUUGUUAAGGGAUUCGCUGUUUGUGUCCAGUUUGCUAGAACAUGCAUCGAGAUUCAUUCGUUCCAUUUAGCAAACUUUGUUUAGAAGGUUCCACUAUUGUAUUGAAUAUAUUUUACCUAAAAGAGGGCUUGAUGGCCGAUGGCGAACUGCGAAGGGCAAGGUUACGCUAGGAAGUCUAGCAGACAUAGCACAUAAUAGACUUUAUGCAGGAGAACUUAGCGCCGCGCGCGAAGAUAUUUUUUCAUGCCGCGUCACUCCUGUUAGUUUAAUAUGUUUGAGUCGCACAGCAGUUCAUAUCCCUCUUUAUUUCCUAGAGAAGUGCCAAAUUUGGGCGGGUCCCGACGAAGACCGGAAAUAAGGUGUGCCUGAGGCCGAUGAGAAAAUAAACUCUUCCUUUAACUCACUAUGUCUCAACUAAAAUCUCGGACACUGACCAUACAGUCGAUUUUGUAGUCCGUGUUUUCGCGCAAAUAUAAUACGUCACUCUGAUUUGUCAUAAAAAUAAUUAUCCACAUAUUAAUUGAUAUUACCCUGGAUUCAUUUCCUUAAGUGCCAUGUUAAUAUGAAAACGUGAUACCUUAUAAAUCGUAGAAUAGGGCAGGUGUCUAAUUAAAUUAUACCAAAUGUCGUUUGCAAAUGCGCCUUAAUGAAUAUUCGGGAAAAUUCAUUAGACCCACAUCAGGUUUCAACGUAUUUCAGAUUAUGCCAUAUUAAUCUGAAAUACUUCACCCUUAUUCCUACCUUGACUGGAAUCUUCUGAUCUCAGGUUAUGGUCUAGCACUCCCUGAAUCAUGCAAGGAGUCCGUCCUAACUUCAGCUGCACGGUGUGCCACACCCAGUAUGAUGGUCUGUACGACUUUAAGGGCCAUCUGGAGAGUCAGGAGCACGAACUGGCUUACGGUAUUCGGCUGAGAAACAGCAUGGUGGGUUCCUACUUUUGUAAUUGCUGUCACAUUUGUGUUAAUACCCUGUUGAUAUGGAAGAGUCACAUAAUGGGCACCAAGCACAUGAAAAUUGCGUGUGCAUUUUCUAUGGCGUACUCUAACUUCGAUUUUGACAAACCUGCCAAGAUAAAGGACGUAGGGGUUCUGGAUCAGAACGUCGUUGUGCCUGAGUCGCUCCAGCGAUCUAACGGACGACCUAGCGCUCUGGUGCGGUCAAUUGAUCCUGAUACGCUGGUGAUAGGAGUAACAGACAUGGUCUACACAGGACCAGGGCUCUACCACUGCAACCUCUGUGAUGAACCCUUCAAUGAGGGAAAUAAAGCUCAACACCUCUGCUCGACCCGGCAUCGCUGCAAUGUAUUUAAACGCUGGGAUGCAGCCCUGUACGAAGAAGCUAUGUCGAUAAAAGAAGUGGGAAAGCCCGAAUAUUCUGCGAGGUGUGAGUCUAUCGCCUCAGAGAUCUUCCCAGUCGAACAGCAAGUUCUCAGCAAGGUAAUUAGUUACCAUAGUUACACUACUAGUUACCAUAGUUACACUACUAGUUACCAUAGUUACACUACUAGUUACCAUAGUUACACUACUAGUUACCAUAGUUACACUACUAGUUACCAUAGAAAGCCCGAAUAUUCUGCGAGGUGUGAGUCUAUCGCCUCAGAGAUCUUCCCAGUCGAACAGCAAGUUCUUAGCAAGGAGCAGAAACUGCUAUACGAGCGUCUGAUGGGAACCAGUUCAGUACUAGACGACCAGUAUCUAGCGGAGGAGCAGGCCCGAGCCAAUCCUGGAGCUGCAGCUAACCCUCGACCUCACUCCCAGGGCCCCAGACGACCGAGAGACUAUGACCGGGCAGUCUCCCACGAGGGCUAUCGACCACCUGAUGACUACCAAGGUCCCCCAAUUAAGUACGAAGAGCCUCAUUACAACCAGGACCGUUAUGAACCACCGGCUGAGAGAGGACGGCCAGGCCCCCUGCCUGGUAGAUAUGGGUACAGAGAAGGUGGGCGUGGAGGCAGAGGAGGCAGAGGAGGUCGAGGCGGCCGGGAGGGCGACUUGUAUCAUAGGGACCAAGGGAGAUACCAAGAUAACUCCCGAUCUAAUCCCCCUCUUCCUCCUCCUCCACCUCCGCAACCUCCGAGACAGGUAUCAGUAGAUUCAGAUAUCAAGUGUGACCUAGCCAUGGAGACCGUUCGUGUUCUCCUCCAGGGCAUGAACACCUUUGUUUCUGAAACCAGGACCACUGCUAUCACACGUGUCGAGGUUCUCAAAGCGCAAAUACUGUAUGAGGAGGUUCUAAAGAUGGCAUAUCCUCAUACUCAAAAAGCUCGUGCAGACGAAAACUACAUAACAGUAUUCCACAAUGGAAGACUGACCCUUAAACGAAAAGAAGAACCGCCGAAGAAAGCCCCAAUUAUAGAAGAAAAAGGCAAGGAGGCUGCUCCAAAAGAAAAACUAAAAGAUCCCUCUGCCCCCGUAAGCUCAUCUCCAGCUGAAGUUCCUUCGAGUUCAGGUGCUCCGCUGCAUCACCAUUCAUCCAGUAAGGAACCUGUGGAAAAACAUCCGCCUCACCGAUCAUCUAGCAAGGAAAGACGUCCCUCUCACCCCGGCCCGUCCAUGCCGGUACCCAUAAUUCCACCUCAACCCCCACGAAAUAUCAUGGGGUUGGACCCUUGGGGUCGUCCAAUCAUGCUGCCUCCUGUUACUGAUGCGCAUAAACUUAACUACCCGCCUCUUAACUACCCGCCUCCAGGCUAUUACGGCGGUUUUCCUCGCCCGGUUGAAAAGUCACGGGAAUCCCGGGAUCGAGCUGGAUCUCCUAGAAGAGGUUCUUCCCCAAGGAAAAGAACACCUCCUCCACCAGGGCUAGAUUUACCUAGGGAUCCGAAGAGACCACGAUCUAGAACCCCGGAGAGAAUUGUAACAAUUAAAAAAGAGGUAUCACCUGUCAAGGGUAGACCUGGAAGUCGCUCGCCAAGAAGAAUUUCUGUAAGUAGGAGAUCACCUGGGAAAAGGUCUCCAGGAAGAAGGUCGCCAGGUCGACGUUCUCCUAGGAGAUCUCCAAAACGAUCACCUUCCCGGCGAUCACCUCGCAAAUCACCUUCUCGCAACCCAGUUUCAAAAAGAUCACCACCAAGAAAGUCUCCCAGCAGGAAAUCCCCCAGCAGGAAAUCCCCUGGUAGAAGAUCUCCUGGUAGAAGAUCUCCGGGGAAAAGGUCGUCUUCGCACCGGCGAUCACCACCUAGAAGGCGCUCUCCGCCACGUAAAUCACCGGGUCGUAGGGUUAGGUCUCCACCGAGGAAGCCUACCGAGAAGCAAGAGGAUGGAGAUGGAACAGUAUUUCUUGACGAGGGUGCUUAUGCUGAGCUCCUUUCGUCCUUGGGAUAAGAGUAUCUCGAUUGUUUUAAUGAACAUGUUCAUUGUUGAAGCCGUGAUUUAGUUGGAUUGCGCAAUUGUGUACAAAUCUAAAAGAAGUUAUAAACUUAUUGACCAGAGUAAACACGAAUACUGAGUUCUAUGGUUGUUGUAAAUGAUUAUAAAAACUGUGACGACUUUUACUCAUAUUCCACCAAAAUGCGUUGUCGUUAACAUGUUCUAGCCGGUUUAUUUAAGAAGUUUUAUCUUCGUUUAUCUUUGCUUCUCACUCAAACCUGGGAUUUGCAAUUAAUAUUAAUUGUCAGUUUGAAAAGUCAAAAUGUUAUUUAUUUUAAGCUGUUUAAACAGUUGACUUAUAUUCCAGACUACCGUUGUAAUAUUUAUUAGAAUUGUUGCUCCUUAAUGCUUAUCA